GUAGCCUCGAAUAUUUCUACAGGUCCUUUUUACUUUCGUAGACCAAGGCUUUUAGUAUGAUGGCUUCCUUUAUUCCAAAGGUAGCCCGGGGUUCCGCCAGGUUUUAUUUGCUAGAGCAUUCACAACGCUCUCUCUGUAGACGUAGUUUGCACAUCACAUCUGUUGCAAAGCAGAAGCCCUCAGCUUUUGAAGACGAUGAGCUUUUUCCAUCCGCAUUUGAAGAGACCCCCACUCCCAAUGCUAGUAAAAGCACGACAUCUUCUCAGUCAACCGCGUCCAGGCAACGUGCCGCUAAGGACAGGCUGACGGAGUUCAAUGAGCUUGUUCAAUUCGUGACCGAAAGAACGGGGAAGAAACGUGCUGUCAAAGCGGGUCAAGUUAGACAAUCGGCUUGGCUGCGCUUAUUCCAGCUGGCAACGACGUCGGAGCAACUCGAACAGGUAUCCCAACUAUUCCCCUGCUGGAGGGAUUCCGGAAAAGAGUUCGAUUCGUUGCAUGCUGAGGCCUUCGUUCGACGUUGCGAGGAACUCAAAUGCCCACCUCUCGCCCUGAAAAUAUUCGGAGAUCACUCUAAAUAUGGAUUUGGCCUCACGUCGUUGUUUGCUGCCCGUCAUCUCUUACAUUCCCUUCAUGUCAACCAUCCCUUGGAAGACACUAUGACUGCAGCUGCGUUAUUUGGCGUCUAUAAUCACCCUCCCGUAUCUUCCGAUCCGGUCGCGUGCUCCAUGCUCACCUCUGCUUGUCUCAAACAUAAUACCAAGCAUUCUCGCACCGUAGCGACGGCACUGAUUCCACAGUUUAGGAGUCUCAUUUCCCAGACACCCCCCAUAGCUUUGCCUCAAAAAACUCAGGUUCGCGCCCAGUAUCCGGAGAAGCCAAAGAUGUGGCUAUGGUGGACCUCGGCGAAAAUUGAAAAGGCGCUGAGAAGUAACGGUAAAGACUUCCUUUGGCUACGAAAGUGGAGGAAACAGGGGCAACGACUUCUUCGUGUCAGACAUGUAGAGCCUACACCUACUGUGCCGAGCUCGUAGUCAGCUAGAAUUCUAUUCAAGCGAUUAUUUUGCUAUCCU